GAGCGACAGGUCUCGGGCCCCCAGGCGGAGCGGCGGGCGCCAGGACCCCCAGGCGGAGCGACGAGGUCUCAGGCCCCCAAGGCGGAGCGACAGGUCUCAGGCCCCCAGGCGGAGCGACAGGUCUCAGGCCCCAGGCGGAGCGACAGGUCUCAGGCCCAUAGGCGGAGUGGCGGGCGCCGGACCCCCAGGCGGAGCGGUGAGCGCCGGACCCCCAGGCGGAGCGACAGGCACGACAGUGGGCUCCGAGUCAAUGGCAUGACCGCUGGCACUGGGUCAGACAUUGGAUCGUCUGGCUGGACAGCGGGCAUCGGGUCACCAGGCAUCAGGUCAUCUGGCUCGACAGGGGGCACCGCGUCAUCUGGCAAGGCAGUGGGCUCC